GCGCCGCCGGAACCUCCACCUCCACCUCCACCGCCUCUGCCCCCUCCCACCCCCCACCCCCCCACCAAAGCACCGCCACAGGAGCCCUUCCGUCUCCUCCCCUCCACCGGAUCCAUAUCAGACGCGGUUCUUUCCUUCCCUUGGCAAUCAAACCCUAGCCUACUCGGAUUUGUCUUCGCUUUAUUAGGGUUGGACACCGCCUCCACCGCGCUCCCCCUCCCAGUCACCGCCUCAAACCGUCCAGCGGCCGAGCGCGAGCACCAUGUCCGUGGCGGCGGGGGUCAGCGAUGCGGCCAUCGCGGUGCGCGACAAGCUGCGGGGCAAGAUCGGCCAGACCAAGGUGAAGCGCUACUGGCCGGGGAAGAAGCCCGAGUGGGCCGACGAGGCCGAGGACGACAUAGAUCUCCGCGCGGCCAGGGUCUCCCUCGACGAGGCGUUCCCCAAGGCCGAGGAAGGGGACCGGGACCGGGACCGGCCCCCCAAGGACGACCGGCGGCUGCGGCGGCUCGCGGAGACGCGCGCGGAGAACAAGGAGGAGCUCAGGGCCGACCACCGCCGCAUCCGGCAGGCCGAGAUCGUGUCCACCGCCGAGGAGGAGCGGGACAGGCAGGAGGCGCAGGCGGAGGAGGAGGACGACGAGGACGCGCAGGAGGAGCGGCGGAGGAGAAUCAAGGAGCGGCAGCGCCUGCGGGCGCAGGAGGAGGAGGAGCUGCUCCCGCAGGAGGAUGAGCCGCUGGAGGAUGACGUGCAGGAGUCGGAGGAGUCCGAGUACGAGACCGACUCGGAGGACGAGCAGAUGGGCAUGGCCAUGGUGAAGCCCGUCUUCAUACCCAAGGCGCAGCGGGACACCAUCGCCGAGCGCGAGCGGCUCGAGGAGGAGGAGCGGCAGGCGGAGGAGAACAUCAGGAAGAGGCUCGAGGCUAGGAAGAUUGAGACCAGGCAGAUUGUGGUGGAGGAGAUCAGGAAGGAUGAGCACAUUCAGAAGGCGCUCAACGAGGAUGCUAGCAUCGAGGAUGUCGACACGGAUGAUGAGCUGAACGAAGCUGAGGAGUAUGAGUCAUGGAAGAACCGUGAGAUGGCGCGGAUUAAGAGGGACAGGGAGGAAAGGUAUGCAAGGUUGAAGGAGAAGGAAGAGAUUGACAAGGUGAGGAAUAUGACUGAGGAGGAGCGCCGGGAGUGGGAGAAGAAGAACCCGAAACCUUCUCUCCAGAAGUCCAAACAGAAGUGGAACUUUAUGCAAAAGUACUACCACAAGGGUGCCUUCUUCCAGGAGAGUGGUGAUGACGUGAGUCAGUCAGCUGGUAGAGACGCUAUAUACACCCGUGAUUUCUCUGCGCCCACCGGUGAAGAUAAGAUGGACAAGAGCAUCUUGCCUAAGGUCAUGCAAGUCAAGCAUUUCGGGCGGAGUGGCAGAACAAAGUGGACACAUCUUGUUAACGAGGACACUACUGACUGGGAUGCACCAUGGGCUACAAACGGGCCGCUGCGAACAAAAUAUAAUGCAAAAAUGGCGGGCAUGAAUGCACCUAUUGCUAAACCAAAGGGAAGUAAGAAGAUGAAGGAUUGGGAUACAAAGCGAGAUGAUUAAAUGUUUGUUUUGUUGGCUUUGACCCGGUACCACUCUCCUACUACCAUAUGAUCACUAGCUGAAAAUGGUGCUUAUGCAGAUGUUUUAUUUCUUUAUGUUGAUCACAUAUGAGACAUGUGCUAUCAUUUAGUCUUGUACUAUCUUGCAAAAUGCUUUUUCGGAGAAGUAUUUUGUACAUAUAUGUUUCUGUGACUUCUCGCGACAGGCGCAUCUUCUAUAAUAUUUGCUUGAAAAUUUUGUCGUUUGCUA